GAGAGAGAGAGAGAGAGAGAGGGUCCGUUUUUUUUCUGCGCCCACCAGACCAAUCCCCGUUUUCCGCUUUUCCCUCUCUCUCUCUCUCUUUCUCUCUUUCACAUAUAUAUACAUACGACGCACGGUAGCCUCGAGGGAUACAAUGUCAGAAUUCAAGGAACAGUUGGAAGCAUUUAGCUCCAAAGCAGAAGAUAUUAUUGAUCGCGUUGGCCAACCGUUGAAGCCUUAUAUUCCCAUUAUCGGCCGCUUCUUGAUUGUCGCCACGUUCCUUGAGGAUGCGCUUCGAAUCUCGACCCAGUGGGAAGACCAGUUGUUGUUCAUGGAACAACGUCGUCAUUUCCCUUCCGGACUUUCACAUCUCUUUCUCGGUCUCAAUGUCAUUCUUAUGACGGCAGGCUCAAUUUUGGUUAUCGCCAAACGGUAUCAAAACUAUGCAGUAUACGGACUACUGAGCACGGUGGUAGCGCAGGCCUUUGGCUAUGGCUUAGUAUUCAACUUUCAGUUCUUCUUGCGCAACUUGUCUGUGGUUGGCGGUCUGGUGAUGGUUUUGUCAGACUCGAUGAAGCAGCAGAAGCAAAUGUUUGCGGCACUCCCACAGCUGUCUGAAAUGGACAGACGCACAUACCUGCAGUUGGCUGGCCGCAUCCUGUUGAUCUUUUUGUUUAUUGGCUCUGCAUUCCAUGGUGACUGGUCGCUUUCGCGUGUCUUUGUCUCGCUGUUGGGUCUGGUGGCGUGUGUGAUGGUGGCCGUGGGGUUCAAGGCCCGAUGGUCUGCCAUGUUCUUGGUGCUCUUCCUGUCCGUGUUCAACAUCCUCAUCAACAACUUUUGGUCGGUCAGCCACAGCUACUUCAAACGCGACUUUUUAAAGUACGACUUUUUCCAGACGCUGUCGACCGUGGGUGGGUUCCUGUUGUUGGUCAACAUGGGCCCGGGUGGAUAUUCCAUUGACGAAAAGAAGAAGGCCUUUUGACAUCCACAAAGGGAAUCUGUAAAUUAUAUCACCACCAAAGGGAGCCCCUUUCACCCACCCACCCUUACUUCCGCCCUAUUGUAUUUGUACUCUCUCUCUCUCUCUCUCUCUCUCUCUCUCUCUUCACACGCACUCACAAGCAUCACGCAACAGCACCGAAAAACCAAAAGAAAC